AUGGAGACGCUGACCCGCAAGCCGCGCGCGGGCCCGGUGGCCGUCGCCACGAACGCUAGCCUGAGCCUUUCCUUCAAGCUGCCCGCCGCCUUUGCCGCGUCGCUCGCGCAGUCUGCGCCGGCGCCAGCUCGGGACGCGUGGGAGAGCGACGAGGACGAGUCGUGGGAGACCAAGGUCGACGUGCUGCUGCAGGUGGCACCGAUUGAAGACACGACCAUGGGCGCGUGGCAGGACGACCUCGAGGCGUUUCCAGAUGCGUUCCCGCUCCUGCUCGUGAACCUCUCGCGCUUGAGCCUCGAGCAUAUGGGCGCGCCGCUCGCCACCAACGACGACGCGGCGCGCGUCUCGGCGUCCAUCCAAGACGUCUUUGACUCGUCCAAGUUUUCGUACGUGAUUGAAACGCUCUUUGAACAAGAGAUUGCGAUCCAUACGACGUACGGCGCCUGCAAGUCGUACCUGGCCUACCUGCACGGGCAGUCCAAGGACGUGUGGGCGACCGUCGACUACCCGGCGCGUGUCGAUGACGAAGUGCCACUGAGCGAGCUCCUCGCGGUCAUUGAGCGGCCAACGCAGUGGGCGAGCGUGAACCACAUCAAGGAGUACAUGGCCAAAACGUCCCGCGACAUCAAGUGGAAGGCGCAGGUGCUCGAAGAACUCGAGUACUUGGCGGCGUUCGAGCAAGACGUGAAAGAUGCCGCCGACGCGCAGCUUCGCCUCGACAUUCAAAACCUCUCGGGUCUGCGAGACUCGCUGCUGCAGAAGCUCGCGGUGCCAGGGAAGAAGAAUGCAAUGAGCCGGCGUCUCGACAAGAUGCAGCUCGAGAGCGUCGAGACGCAGCUCGCGCCGCUGUUGGAAACUUUUCUCGCACCGCCGGCGCCGCCGGCCAAGUUUUCAGACGCCGCUACGUACACAAAGGCGGGUUUGGACUCGGGCAACACGGGCGUCCUCGACAUGAUCCUCUCCAUGGUGUUUUCCCGACUACCGCAGCCACCGGCAUUGGCGCUCGAUGCGCAUUUUACCUCGCUGGUACAGUCGCACGAACACGUCCGGCAUCUUUGGCUCCAGGAUUUUGGACGCCUGCCCCCCCGCACGACGGUCGACGACGACGGCGACGUGGUCGAAGUCGAAGCACCAAACAUCGAACACAUGGUACGAGAAGAAGACGUUGCACCGGUUGGCGUCGAGCCGCCGACACGGGACAUGGCCGAAGACGACGAGGAUAUUGAGAAUGAGGCGCCGAUCGAUGCUGGCAACGAGAGCGAUGCGUACAAGGGCGAUGCCGACGACGACGAAAACGAUUCGGAAGCGGAAGCCGCGGCCGCGCGCAAGCGGCAAAAAUCCAAGCAGAAAAAGGCCAAGAAAAAGGUCAAAAAAGCAAAAGAAAUGGCCGACUUUACGCCGUUUGCAUGCGUGCGCGGCCUCGCGCUGCUCAAACUCUCGGAAGACGAGCAACAGCUGUACGGCUAA